GGCCACUCGGGAUGGGAAGAGCUGGUACCGUGGAGAGGCGGCGUGGUACGGCAGUCAGUUUCAGGUUACGGGCGCGGAUGCGGGGAAAAUGGGAAAGGUCAGUGUGAGAAACCGUCAAAAUUCAGGACCUGUGCAGGAUGGUCAGAAGACUACGGUGGCCCGACUGGGUUGUUUCUGGAAAAUGUAAUAUGUCCAUCUAUGAUAGCAUCCCAAGAGUGAGCCUGAUUUCUGGAAAUCUAUUCUGACUCCAUGGCGACUAGGAUGGAUGUAAAUUUGCCAGUGGUUAGAAAACAAAGAGUUUAGUGAGUUUCCUGAGCACCCUGUACGCCUUUGGGUCCCACCACCUUGCUGGACAGCAGGGCUCUCCUUCGGGCCACAUCUACAGAAGACCCUGUCAACAGCUGCAGCUGAGGGCCGCAGAUCUUUUUCCAAGAACAACACAAAAUGAUUGAGUACCAGCAGAGACCUGUGUCAUUCAAGGAUGUAGUAGUGGGCUUCACUCAAGAGGAGUGGCACAGGCUGAAUCCUGCUCAGAGGGCCCUAUACCGGGAUGUGAUGCUGGAGACGUACAGCAACCUUGUCUCAGUGGGUUAUGAAGGCACCAAACCAUAUGUGAUCCUCAGGCUGGAGCAGGAAGAAGCACCAUGGAUUUGUGAGGCAGCAUGCUCGGGCUGCCACUGUCGGGAAAACAUUUGGCAAGUUAACGUCCAGAGGCAAAGACGGCAAGACAUGCUUUUGAGGCAAGGUACUUUCAUCAGCAAGAAAACGUUGCCCAAGGAAAGAAGCCAUGAAUGUAGUAAGUUUGGGAAAAUAUCACAUCUGAGCACUGAUCUUUUUCCUUCAAUUCAAAACCCUAAUAACUGGGACUCUUGUGGAAAGAGUGUGAACCAUAAUUUAGACUUGAAUGGUUUUAAGAGAAACUAUUCAAAAAAGCAAAAUGAGUGCUAUGGAUAUGAGAAAUUGUUACAACAUACAAAGCAUGAUAGAAGACCUAAUGGAGACAAAUUCUGGGAAUGCAGUCACUGUGAGAAAGCUUUCAGCCAUAAUCCAGCACUUAUGUAUAAACCUGCAGUAACCAAUUCUCUUGUGUACAAACGUAAGAGGGUUCCACCUACAGAGAAGCCCCACGUCUGUAAUGAGUGUGGGAAAGCCUUCUGCUACAAAUCUGAAUUCAUUAGGCAUCAAAGAAGUCACACUGGGGAGAAGCCAUAUGGCUGCACUGACUGUGGAAAAGCCUUUUCACAUAAGUCAACCCUCAUUAAACACCAGAGAAUACACACUGGGAUAAGACCCUUUGAGUGUUUUUUUUGUGGGAAAGCCUUCACCCAGAAGUCACACCGCAGAGAACAUCAGAGGACACAUACAGGAGAGAGACCCUUUGUGUGCAAUGAAUGUGGGAAGUCUUUUGGUGAGAAGUCAUACCUCAAUGUACAUCGAAAAAUACACACAGGAGAAAGACCCUAUCGUUGCAGAGAAUGUGGAAAAUCCUUCAGUCAAAAGUCAUGCCUCAAUAAACAUUGGAGAACUCAUACAGGAGAAAAACCCUAUGGAUGUAGUGAAUGUGGCAAAGCUUUCUACCAAAAGCCAAACCUCAGUAGACAUCAGAAAAUUCAUGCUAGGAAGAAUGCUUAUAGGAAUGAAAACCUAAAAAUUAUAGGAAAGACUUGAGUGAGAUAUUCUAUUUCAUUAUAUGUGGAGGAAUUCAUCCUUAGGAGAAAUCUGAAUUUGGACCAAGUGUUUUAUCAUAGGGCAGGUCAUGUUCCAAUUGUGAUAGAAAGUUUUAUACUAAAGAUUAUAGAAAAUAUUUUAUAAAACAUAAACAUGUUCACUCUGGCUUAUAAAAGUUUAAAUGAUAACAAUACAAAAUACAUGUGAAGAAAAUUAGAGGUAUAUUAUGGUAGGUCCCACAGUGAGCAACAUAAUAAGCACUAUUUAUAUUUUAGAAUGAUAAAUGUGAAUUUAAUAUAAAGUAUGGAUAUCAAGCACAUAUGUAGAAUUCCAUUCACCAAACUUUUCCACUCUAAGUAUCACCAUUGUCUUUUGGUAUCAUACAGCACAAAAAAUGAUAAUAAUAAUAAUAUGGCCAAAUAUUUUUUUUUUUUUAAAGCUUUAACAUAUUAAACCAGCACAUUUUCUCACCUUCUUGUAAUACAUGUAAAUGGCCAUCACAUUUAUUGUUGGGCCCUUUUCUGAAUAAUAAUGUUUUUAAUGUCUUUUGUUAAGUUUGCCAAAAACUUUAUUAAAUAUUUUUAAUUUUAAAAGGGCACUUGUUUUGCCUUUAUUAUUUUAAUAUAUAAAAGUUUUAAUAAUAAUACAUAAAUUUAAAAUAAAUAAUUUAAACAAAUUAUUUGCUUUUCUCUUUUUAAUGUUGAAAAGAUAAAGCUAAGGACAAACAUACAGGAGAAGGCCAUGUGAACUGAAGCCUAAGAUCAGUCAUGUGGCCCAUAACCAAGGAAUGCAGCAGCUACCAGAAGCUGGAAGAGGCAGCAAAGAGCAGAUUCUCCCCUAGAGUCAUUGGAUAGAGUAUGGUCCUAUUGACACUUCAGUGAUUAUCUUGUAUCAGUGAUUUCUGAUUUCAGAUUUUUGGCCUUGUGAACUAUGAGAGAAUAAAUUUUUGGUUGUUUAGCUACAAAAAAAAAAAAAAAAAAAAAAAGCUAAGGAAUAGUUUCACAACCUGAUAUUCAGUGAACAAAAUGCUAUAAAUUUAUGGCUCAGCACACUCAUUAUUUAACAGAAAGUACUGUGGCCUUGGCAGAUUGUGCACUAUUCCUAUUUUCUUAGUCUUGCUUAAAAUGCCUUGCAGCAAGUUAGUAGGAAAGACACUUUUUAUAUGUCUUGUAAUUCAGAAAGGUUUCACACACAGACCAAUGAAAGAGAGUUCCUUUGUUUCUCUUUUUUUUUUUCUGCAAAUUAAUUCAGCAACACUGACUUUUCUUCCCUAUACAUUUCUCUGUGAAUGUGCCAGACUCUAAAUACCAAGUUUUUUCAUCAUUCCAGUUCAGAGUCCACUUCCUUGAGCUGCCAUGUCAUCUAUAUAAGAAAAGAAAUGGCCACAUUAUUCAAGAUUUGACUCCCAUGGGACUUCCCUGGAGGUCCAGUAGACAGGACUUGGCACUUUCACUGCUGUGGCAGCAGGUUCAGUCCUUGGCUGGGGAACAAAGAUCCUGCAAGCCGUGCUGCACAGCCAAAAAAAACAAAAACAAAGAUUUGCCUCCUUCUAAGAAUUCCUGAUAGUGAAUGAGAAAGGAAACAUAAUCACAGCUAAAGAUGUGAUUAAAAGAAUGAUGUUUUGUGCAACUGUAGUUCAACAUAUUUUUGAAAUAGUAAAUAGACGCUAUUCCAUCAAAAUAUAAGCUAUGAAAAAUUGCAAUAUAGUGGAAAACUUUUUGCUGAUGAUUGUAUAUCAAUACAAUUGGUAUUGAUUGUAUACCAAUAAGUGAAGAUACUAGUGAUUUUUGAGUUAAAAAGUUAAUUUUCUAAGAAGGCAGCAUAUAGAAAUAAAGAGGUUUUCUCUGUAAACAUCUAAUAAUUUAUAUGCACUUCUUUUGGAAUUACACUAAAUCUAAAUGAUUUGUUUAAGUGAUGUGAAAUGAUCUUAAAUUCCAUAUAGAAAAAUAAAUGCCUGAGAAUCUAGAUGAGUAUGAAAAAGAAAAUUUCAUGCCAAAUGUUAGAAUAUAACAUGAAGUCAUUCUAAUCAAAUUAAUAUAGGAUUGGCAAAAGAACAGAUAAAUAUUGAUACAUCAGUGGAACAGAACAGAAAGUACUGAAAUAGACCUCAGUGUGUAUGAGCUUUAUCAUGUAUGGAAAAUGUGCAAUUUCAAACCAUCGGGGAAAGGAACUGUUUAUUUAAAAAGAAUUCUGGCACAACUGGCUUUUUAAUCAGGAAGAAAGUAAAGUUACACCAACAGCACAAACCACAUGAAAAAAAAAUUCCAGGCAGUUUUAAGAUUUAAAUUUUUUAAAUAACACUAAAAUUCUUGAAAGAAAAUGAAAGGAGACUACAUGUACAAUCUAGGAAUUUGAUUAACUUUACCAACCCAGGACCCUCAGAAACAGUUUAAAAAUAAAUAUUUGACUACAUAAAAAGUACAAUCUUGCGUGGCAAAAGAUGCCAUCAAUAGUCGAUAAACGAUGGAUUGGGGGAAAAUAUUUGCAAACCCAAUCAGAAAGAGUGCUCUUUGUACUGACAGGAAAAAAAUAACCCAAUAACAAAACAUGGCAAAGAAUGAAUAGACAGUUGAGAGAAGAGCAAAUCCAAGUGGCUGAUGGACUUAUCAAAAAAUGUUUAGUCUCAGUAGUUGUUGGAGAAUGCAGAUUAAAGUUAUAAUGAGCUAACAGUAUUCAAUAAAGCUGAUGAAAGAGAGCAGGAAUGCUUUUUGCUGUCAGGACAAAGGAUGUUCUUAGACACUGCUGGUAGAAACAUAAAUUGUUACAGAUCUUUUGAAAAGCAAUCUGACAACAUCUAUUAUAACUUAAAAUGCUUAUGCCACUUUGGGAAAUCUUCUCUUAGAAGUAAAACCCCAAUACAUAAGGGACAUGUACAUUUAUUGUGAAUUGUUCCCAGUGGCCAAACCACUAGAAUCAAAAUAAAUGCCCAUCGGUAGGGAAAUUGGAAGAGGGAAGGAACUAAAGUACGUCCAUUCCAUAGGAUGUUUAUAUAGCUGUUAAGGUGGACAAGUUAAAACUAUGCUAAUGGACUUGAGUGGAAUUCCAGAAUGUUUUCUUGAGAGAAGAAAGCAAGGUAGAAGUAAGUGUGUAUAAUGUGAGUCUGUUUUUGUAAAUCAGUUACAAAAUGCUUCUAGGUGUUUAUGAGUGAUAAACAUGUAUCAUAUAUGUUUGCGGUAAGAUUUUAUAUGCAUGGAGAAAAGUAUCGAAGAGUAUGCAUUCGGCUGUGGGGAGGUGGGUGAUGCAGGUGGGUAAUGGGAGAGUCAGAGAGGGAGAAUGAAAGCCCAGAAGAAAAAUAUGUGAAUAACUGAACCAAGUAUGAUAUGUCAAAUAUGUGUUUAAGAAAUUUGAGGGGGAAGCUAGAACUCUACUAAUUUGUGGAGAUAUUUGUGGUAUAUUGUUAAGUGAAAAGAGAAAAUUUCAGACUCAUGUAUAUAAAUCUAUUUUCUUAAAACACGAAUAUGUGUAUUUAUGCAUGUGUGUGUGUUUAUAUAAACAAAGAGAAAAGUGUGGAGGGAUAUAAAACAAGGUAUUAAUUUUCAUUGGUUACCCUGGUGGGGUACGGAAAUGUAAGUAGUUGUUUAAUUUAUAUAUCUUUGUAUUGUUUUAUUUGUUACAAACAUAUAUUACUUUUGUAAUUUGAAAAACAAAAUAAAGGGGGGAAAGUGUUUUGAAAUACAUGAAGCCUUGCAAAUGUUUUUAUUUUCUGACAAGAUGGCACCCUGGCCUGGUCUAUUGCCUCUCCCCA